AUGGACACUUUCACCUACGUUGACCUUGCCGCGGUCGCCGCCGCUGCCGUCGCGGACGAGGUCCCGCGCGACUUCGAGGACCAGAUAACCGACUACCAGAGCUACUGCAUCAUCUGCUAG